AUGGGGCUCGGUAGGAAGAAUCUGAAGAGAGAAUCACACGGAGCUGGGGGAUUCUCUCUUCAAGAGAACCAGAGUAUCAUGCAAGUCGUUUCUCUAAGGGGCUCCAACAUUAUCGAGGUACAUUCCCAUUCUGGCUUAUCUCGUUCUUGGCUGACUCCCACUUUGGGAAAGUAGUAUCAAUCUGUGCGAUCUAUGGUGAUAGUAUCUCUGGUGUCAGGUCAUGGACGCCGAGGGUGUGAAGUCUCUGGCUCUAUUCCCGGCCCGGUUCCAGAAAAGCUUGUGGAUAAAGCGAGGUCUGUGGGGGAUGAAGCGAGCAACCAGGCUCAGGCUUUUCUUGAAGAAAUGCUUACUUGCUUCAACGUGUUAAACGACUGUCUGCAGGUAGUUUCGUCGUGGUGGAUGGGAGCGGAAGGAAGCAGGCCCUCGACUCGGGGAGCAAGGUGGCCUGUCUGGUCUCCCAGGUCCUCUUCCACGAACAGGUCCGGGUGCUUCGGAGAUCCCCAGAGUGGUACGCCUCUGGUCUGAACAUCAGAGUUUCAUUGAUCGCUGUUGAUUAUGGGUUAUGCUUCCCUGUGGAUUUCUUCUCAUGGGUUGGGGUCCCUGCAGGCCAGAGGCCUUCAGGGGCACAGCUGAGGAGGACUCAAGCAGCCGCCAGCAGCCACCAGCCGGGCCCGACUCCGACGAAGAGGAGGACGAUGAUCAGCUCCCACCGCUGGAAGCCAACUUGAAUCAUAGCAGACCCACCGACCUGUGCUCAGAUUCUGACUCAGACUUGGGCUGA